CAAUUAUCACAGAAAAAAAAAAAAAAAGAGGAAUGGGGAAUUACAAGUUCAGAUUAUCAGACAUGAUUCCAAAUGCCUGGUUUUACAAGCUCAAGUACAUGACCAGGCCUAGAAAUAACCUCAACACCAACAACAACAAAACCUUAAUAAACCCUACUAACAACAACCAAAUUACCUCCACGUCAUCAUCUUCUUCUUCUUCUUCAUCAACUGCAGCACCUUCGAAUAAUAUUCCUCCAUCAACAAUUACUAGCCAAUCCCAUUCUAGCAGCUCAGACCAAAGAAAAUCCUACUACUUCACUAGGGACCUCACUAAUUUACAGCCCAAUAAUUCUCCGACAACAAAGACAACGAGGAUUUCAGUUUCAGACAAGAUCGAACCGCCAAGAAAAUCAUCACGAAGAAGAAGGAGCACCAAGAGGAUGAUCAUCAGCCGGCGGCAACCGCCGAGUCAUCAGCUCGUUUCCUCCUCCCUCUCCGCCGGCUGCAGCUGCCGCGCCACCCUCGAGUCCGUCUGGACAAAGCCACCGGAAGAUUCGACCAUCGAACAAAAUUCAUCGUCGGAACAUGAAUCCCUCUUGACUGAAUACGGCUCCGACCGCGGCCUAACCCCUGAUACUACAUUCGACGGCAUGCUUUCUUUGGCGGCUAACUCCUGUAAAUGCAGAACCCAUGAAAACGACGUCGUUUCGAAACCGGACAAUGAAAGGAUUUCCGAUCAUCUCCGUCCAAUCAUCACCAAGAAAGUACAGGAGCCCACAAAGACUCGUCCGAAAAACUCGGCUGAAUUAUCGGAGAGAAGCGCGUACGGAUCACUUUCUGUUAAGCUUGUCAAAGAGGAUUUCUUGAGUAGUACUACAAAUAAUACGGUGAGUCCGGUCAGGCGGAGUUCGCCAUCACCAGGGGUGAAGCUCCGUACGAAUUCUCCGAGAAUAGCGAACCGGCGGAUUCAGGGGAGGAAGACCUUGGCGUCGCCGAAUUCAAGCUCCGGGUCGAGGCGGAGCGUUACGGCGGCGGCGGAGACAUUUGCGGUGGUGAAAACGUCAAAGGAUCCACGGCGAGACUUCAGGGAGUCAAUGGUGGAGAUGAUCGUAGAGAAUAAUUUAAGAGCGUCCAAAGAUUUGGAAGAACUGCUGGCGUGCUACCUCUCAUUGAAUUCCGACGAAUAUCAUGACGUCAUCAUCAAUGUUUUCAAGCAAAUCUGGUUUGACUUCGUCCAUCUUCGCCUCAAGUAAUUAAUCUCCUGUACGUGUAUUUUUAUUUUUCUAUAAUUUAAUUAUAUGGAUGUAUAUAUAUAUAUUAUAAUAUUAAUUAUUAAUAUAUAUAUAUAUAUAUAUAUGAGUAAUAAGUUCAUAUAUAGUAGUUAAUUUUGAAGUUAAAUUAAUUACCAGAUUAUGAAAUUUUAGUUUUCUAUAUAUUAUGUAUAAUUUAUAUAAUUAAUUGGUCCAGGAUUGGUCUAAAUUGUAAUGAAAGGUGAAACAAUAAAUUCUGCUUCUGCAAAAAUAAAAUUGGACGGAAUAUUAUUGAGGACUUGUAUUUAA